GGGAGCCAGAGUGGGGUUUAGGCCUCCCGGGCGGUCCCUGACCCUUAGUUCCUGCGCUAGGUUGCGGUGGAGGCCCGCGGCCCAGCCCCUGGGAAGAUAUGGACUCGCAGGGGCUGAAGUUCCUCUGCCUGGCUAACUCCUGUGUCUUCCUCAAGAAUCUUGAAAGGGGACUAGGAAGAGUUAUAUGUGUGUGGAGGUGGAGACUUUGAUUAAUUACUAUUGUCAAGAGAGGUAUUUCCAUCACGUGUUACUUGUUGCCAGUGAAGGAAUUAAGAGGUAUGGCAAUGACCCAGUCUUCAGGUUUUAUCAUGCCUAUGGUACAUUAAUGGAAGGUAAAAUUCAAGAAGCUCUUCGAGAAUUUGAGGCUAUUAAAAGGAAACAAGAUGUAUCACUUUGUUCUCUACUUGCACUGAUAUACGCCCAUAAAAUGAGUCCUAAUCCAGAUAGAGAAGCUAUUCUGGAAUCAGAUGCCAAAGUGAAGGAACAACGUAAAGAAGCAGGACCAAAAGCUUUGUACUAUGCUGGCUUAUUUUUAUGGCAUGUUGGUCGUCAUGAUAAGGCGAGAGAGUAUAUUGACAGAAUGAUCAAAAUGUCAAAUGGUAGUAAAGAGGGACAAGUUUUGAAAGCAUGGCUUGAUAUUACGAGAGGAAAAGAACUUUAUACUAAAAAAGCACUAAGAUAUUUUGAAGAGGGAUUACAAAAUGGAAAUGACAUUUUUGCUCUGCUGGGUAAGGCACAAUGCCUUGAGAUGCGUCAGAAUUAUUCCGGUGCUCUGGAGACUGUGAACCAGAUAAUUGUGAACUUUCCAAGUUUCUUUCCUGCUUUUGUACAGAAAAUGAAACUACAACUAGCCUUGCAGGACUGGGACCAGACGAUUGAGAUAGCACAGAGGUUAAUGCUUCAAGAUAAACAAAAUGUGGAAGCACUAAGAAUGCUGGCUCUUUACUAUUUGUGUAGGGAAGGGGAUAUAAAGAAGGCUGCAACCACACUGGAAAGCUUAGGAAAUGCGUUGGAUGCCAUGGAACCACAGAAUGCUCAACUUUUUUAUAAGAUCACAAUAGCCUUCAGCAGAACUUGUGGACGUAGUCAACUCAUUCUUCAAAAAAUUCAAACAUUACUAGAAAGAGCUUUCAGUUUAACCCCUCAGCAAUCAGAAUAUGCUACCGAACUUGGAUACCAAAUGAUUUUACAAGGAAAAGUUAAAGAAGCGUUGAAGUGGUAUAAGACUGCCAUGACACUGGAUGAAACCAGUGUCUCCGCACUGAUUGGAUUUAUUCGAUGUCAAUUAAUAGAAGAGCAAUUACAGGAUGCAGAUCAGCAGCUAGAAUUCCUUAGUGAAAUUGAGCAGUCUAUUGGAAAAUCUGCGGAAUUAACCUUUUUACAUGCAGUUCUUGCUAUGAAGAAAAAUAAACGACAAGAAGAAGUUAUCAAUUUGUUAGAUGAUGUCCUCGACACUCAUUUUUCACACUUAGAAGAUUUACCUCUUAGCAUACAGUAUUUUGAGAAGUUAAAUCCUGAUUUCUUGCUAGAAAUUAUUACAGAAUAUCUGAAUUUCUGUCCAAUACAGCCUGCAAGUCCUGGGCAACCUCUUUCUCCACUUCUCAGACGCUGUACCUCAAUUCUGGAGACUAUCAUAAGAACUGUACCAGGUCUUCUGCAAGCUGUCUUCCUAAUAGCAAAAGUGAAGUAUUUGUCAGGUGAUCCUGAAGCAGCUUAUAAUAACCUGCAGCAUUGCCUGGAACACACUCCUUCUUAUGCAGACGCUCAUCUCCUGAUGGCUCAGGUUUAUUUGUCUCAGGAAAAAUUCAAAUUGUGUUCUCAGUCUCUUGAACUUUGUUUGAGCUAUAAUUUUAAGGUGAGAGAAUAUCCUUUAUAUCAUCUGAUUAAAGCUCAGUCACAAAAGAAAAUGGGAGAAAUAGCAGAAGCAAUUAAAACUCUGCAUAUGGCAAUGGGUUUACCAGGAAUGAGGAAAGUUGGAGCUUCCUCAAAAUCAAAAUGCAAAAAGGCUGAAGUUGAUGCAAGCCAUCGUUUGUCAAUCUUUCUUGAAUUGGUCGAGGUUCACCGCUUAAAUGGAGAACAGCAUGAGGCAGCAAAAGUGUUACAGGACGCCAUUCAUGAAUUUUCUGGGACAUCUGAAGAAUUGCGUGUCACUAUUGCUAAUGCAGACCUAGCUCUGGCCCAAGGAGAUGUUGAACGGGCUUUAAGUAUGCUUCGGAAUGUGACAUCCGAACAGCCUUAUUUCAUAGAGGCCAAAGAAAAAAUGGCAGAUAUAUAUCUGAAGCACAGGAAAGAGAAAAUGUUACAUAUCACUUGUUACAGAGAAAUUGCUGAAAGAAUGCCCCGCCCUCGUUCUUUUCUUCUCCUUGGAGAUGCAUACAUGAAUAUUCAAGAGCCAGAAGAGGCCAUAGUAGCGUAUGAGCAAGCAUUAAAUCAGAACCCCAAAGAUGGAACACUGGCAAGCAAAAUUGGGAAAGCGCUUGUCAAAACUCAUAACUAUUCCAAGGCAAUCACUUACUAUGAAUCUGCACUGAAAAGUGGACAACAAAAUUAUCUUUGCUAUGACCUGGCCGAGCUUUUAUUAAAAUUGAAAUGGUAUGACAAAGCAGAAAAAGUUCUUCAACAUGCUCUAACUCAUGAACCUGUAAAUGAACUGUCAGCUCUCAUGGAAGAUGGACGUUCUCAAGUUCUUCUAGCAAAAGUUUAUAGUAAAAUGGAAAGAACUGAUGAUGCAGUCACUUCAUUACAACAGGCUCGAGAAUUACAAGCGCGGGUACUAAGGCGUGUUCAGAUGGAACAGCCAGAUGCUGUUCCUGCACAGAAACAUUUAGCAGCUGAAAUUUGUGCAGAAAUUGCAAAACACUCUGUUGCUCAGCGUGACUAUGAAAAAGCAAUUAAGUUUUAUAGAGAAGCACUUGUUCAUUGUGAAACAGAUAAUAAAAUAAUGCUGGAGCUGGCACGAUUAUACCUGGCACAAGAUGAUCCUGAUGCCUGCCUGCGUCACUGUGCUCUCCUUCUCCAGAGUGACCAGGACAAUGAAGCUGCUACCAUGAUGAUGGCAGAUCUCAUGUUCAAGAAGCAAGACUAUGAACAAGCAGUGUUUCACUUACAGCAGCUGUUAGAACGCAAGCCCGAUAAUUAUAUGACAUUAUCUCGUUUAAUUGAUUUCCUAAGAAGAUGUGGAAAACUUGAGGAUGUUCCAAGAUUUUUCUUAAUGGCUGAGAAACGUAAUUCCAGAGCAAAAUUGGAGCCAGGAUAUCAAUACUGUAAAGGACUAUAUCUUUGGUAUACUGGAGAACCAAAUGAUGCCCUUCGACAUUUUAAUAAAGCUCGGAAAGAUAGUGACUGGGGCCAAAAUGCCCUUUAUAAUAUGAUAGAAAUCUGUUUGAAUCCAGAUAAUGAAACUGUUGGAGGUGAAGUAUUUGAAAAUCUUGAUGGAGUCCUGGGUAAUUCAACUGAGAAGCAAGAGUCUGUGCAAUUAGCAGUGAGAACGGCAGAAAAGCUCCUUAAAGAACUAAAACCUCAGACCGUUCAGGGUCACGUACAGCUUCGCGUAAUGGAAAACUAUUGCCUAAUGGCUACUAAACAGAAAUCUAAUGUUGAGCAAGCAUUGAAUACCUUCACUGAAAUAGCAACAUCUGAGAAGGAUCAUAUUCCAGCACUUUUGGGAAUGGCAACUGCUUAUAUGAUCUUGAAACAGACUCCAAGAGCCAGAAACCAGCUGAAGCGGAUUGCAAAAAUGAAUUGGAAUCCUAUUGAUGCUGAGGACUUCGAAAGGAGUUGGCUGCUACUUGCUGAUAUUUAUAUUCAAUCAGCAAAAUACGACAUGGCAGAAGAACUAUUAAAACGAUGCCUACGUCAUAAUAGGUCUUGCUGCAAAGCUUAUGAAUAUAUGGGGUACAUUAUGGAAAAAGAACAAGCGUAUACAGAUGCUGCCUUAAACUAUGAGAUGGCAUGGAAACAUGGCAAUCAGACAAAUCCAGCUGUAGGAUACAAACUGGCAUUUAAUUACUUAAAAGCAAAAAGAUAUGUGGAUGCAAUUGACAUAUGUCACCAGGUUCUUGAAGCACAUCCAAGUUAUCCAAAAAUAAGAAAGGAUAUACUUGAUAAGGCCCGCACAUCUUUAAGACCUUGAAGAUUAUUUUAAUUUAGUUUGUUGGUUAAGUGGGAAAUGAAUCUGAGUUCUUCCAGCUCAGAAUAGGUUUGAGCUAACUCUGUAACAGAAGCAUACCUUUCUUUCUCCAGCAGAGGCCGCUGUUGUAUGUAAAGAGAAGUGCUAUGUCAAAUGGAUGUUUUCUGAUGGAGGAGGUGAAUGAGAGCUGGUGUAUAUGAUUGACUCUCUUGAUUAGAUGAGAUUUGGUGUCUCUGUGGUAAAGAUUAUAACCCAUUUAUAUAAAGAAUAUUUUGUUAAAAUCUAAGUAAUUGAGUAUCCUAUAUCUUUUCUAAGGAAUAUUGAGUUUACUGCAGGAAAUACAUUUAAAAU